AUAUGUUCAUAAGAAUGUCUCAACGGUUCUCACUGAAUCCCUCCUGUUUCCUCUCGUGUGGCCCACUUGAGUCCUGGAUCCACCUAAUUUUGUCCUAAAAUUAGCUUGCAAAACGGAUGAACGGAGUAUAUUUCCCAAAAACAUGGUGGUGGGCCCACUCUACAUCCUUGCGCGGGAUCUUCCUGCGAAAGGCUUUCGCUGGAAAUCCGCGUCCUAGUGGACGCAAACACCUGUCCGCCCAAAUACUUUAGUUCGAUUCUUUCGAUACACAAGGCAAAAUUCCGGCUGAUUAGUCGUUCCCUGAAAGAAGGUUAAUUUGCUGCUGUAUUUUCAAGAUCAUUGGAGAUGAGUUGGGCAAACCUUCCAGAAGACAUCUUGGGGUUGAUACUGAAUCAUCUGCCAUACAUCGACCAUAUCCAUGUUGGUGCUGUUUGCGUUUCUUGGCACUCAAUGGUAGAGAAGAAGGUGUAUUGUCCAGCCCGACAACUUCCAUGGCUGAUGCUCUUCGGCAACCUAGAGAGUGAAUCUUGUUGUUUCUACAGCCUAUCCGACAAUAAGGUUAGGACGCUCAACCUACCAGAGUUUCGUGGGAUGCGGUGCAUCGGAUCCUCUGAUGGGUGGCUGGUAACUCUCAAUGAGAGUGGUGACAUCAGUUUGUGGAACCCCUUCUCAAGAGCUAAGAUCCAACUCCCAUCACUCAAGCAGUUUCCGAGUCUGUUGAAUUGGAGUCGACGCUCAUUCCAGUUUGUGGUUCCAAUGGUCAGAGAUGAAGACAUAGUAGCAGAAAAUGCAUGGGUUGCCCUUCCACCAAAGUUUCAAUAUCUUGCCGAAAGAGUACCAUUUCCUAAAGAUGCAUCCGCCGAGUACAAGCAAAAAAAUGUGCACGUCUCCCUUAUACGUAAGGUGGUCGUGUCAACACAACCUGGUGAUUUUGCAGUUAUGAUCAUCCAUGGUCACAAGGAGGAACUCUCAUUUUGUAGACUUGGAGACAAGUCAUGGACUACAUUCCCACGACUAGUCCAAAAAGUCCACCGAGACAUCAUAUUUUAUAAAGGUAGAUUCUAUGUAGUGAGUUUUAUGGGAUUUGUUAUAGCUUGGGAUGUUUUCAGCACUUCUCCUAGGGCCAUGGAAAUUCAUUUGAGAAAGCCACCCACAAAAUAUGAAAGGAAGUGCCUAGCAGAGCUUGCAGGGGAUUUGUUGCUUGUAAUACGGUACUAUGACAAGAGUAGGGAUGAGUGUGAUGCAUAUGCAAAGCGGAUACAAAAAACAACUAGAUUUGAAGUCUUCAAGCUCGAUCAUAGUGGGUCAAUGUGGACUAAAAUAACAAGCUUAGGUGACCAUGCGCUGUUCAUUGGUGGUUCUCAAGCAAUUUCAUGUUCGGCUCGCAGCUUCUCUGACUGCAGAGCGAAUUCUAUCUAUUUUUGUGACGACAUGUGGGAUGUGUGCGUAGAAGAAUCUCCCCCAUGGGGACAUGAUUUGGGUAUAUUCAACCUAAAAGAUGGAAGCAUUGAUCGAUAUUAUGGUAUCGAAUCUUGGGUAAUUAUGCUCCAAUCUUUUUGGUUCACACCUAAACCUUUCUAGUAUGUAUAUUUGACAAAGUUUAGGAGUUAAAAAGAGUUAUUAUAUUCGCAGUUGUAUUUUGCUACCAUAUAAAGUUACUCAUAAUUUAUUUUAUUCUUUUGAAUGGAUUUAUCAUAGUUUGUUUGGU